AUGGAGCUCAACUCCAGUACCACUGCUUCAGAUUCGCAAACACCUGCAGCGCAACUCGAGGUCGAGCCCAUGGAAAACACAACCAGCAAGAUUAUGGAGCUUCGCGACGAAAUUUCGGACUUGAUCGCACCAUGGCGCGACAGCGCAGAGAGGCCGCCAUUUACAACUGGUGAGCUGUCUGUCUUCGCGCUGAUCUACAGCGACUAUCCCCUAAGGGCCGACGACAUUCAUCUCUGGAUCUUGAACACCUUCACUUACUAUAAGGAUCGCGCGCUCAGGAGCUUUGUACGUUGUACGGGCAAGCAGUUCGGUCAUUGCAGUGAGGUUGUGAACGGCUUCCCUCGGGAUCUGCGCGAGUUUGAUCUGCCUGUUCACAUAACGAGUCGUGCAGAUCAUUACGAGUAUGGCAUUGCCACAGGCCCCGCAAGAGUGUACCUGGGACGUUGGCUCGAGCCCGCGCGACAAGGCACGUUCCGCUUCCUCGAUCUAUCCGCUGAGCUGCGCAACAAAAUUUACGAGUUGGUCUUGAAAAUCUCUGAUGACGGACUCCACCAGGACUAUCAGUUCGACUGUACGUCCGAGCUGCAGCUUCUUCGAGAGGAGUGGCUCCCAUUGCAGCUUGCUCAACAUGAUUUCGAUGAAGAAGAGCCCUCCGAGACGAUAAUCGACGAUCCGUUCUACGGGAAACAGAAUGAGUUCAUUCUGCACCUUGGGCCUUCGAGUAAGCUUUUGGCAUUGCUUUGUACCUGCAAGCAAAUUCGUCAAGAGGCUUCUCCAGUGUUCUACGGCGCCAACACCUUCCGCUUCGGCCCAGCAAGCAUGGACUCUGCACUGCAGCAAUUGUCAGCAGAUACCAAGAAGCAGAUUCGGUCUGUGAACAUCGCUCUAGAUACGAGGAGAUUCCAGGCCAACCAUCUGGGCACCUUAGGCGUACGAUUGCAAUCUUUGGAUCUAACGCAUCUGAACUUGACGCUGGACCACAGAAAUUGGUUUCACAACUACAACCUCGAUCGAAAGAAUCGGUCGGUGCUGCUGUUGUCUCCACCUGUUCGCACUUUCUCACUCGUCAAUGAUUUGAAGCCAUUCAUCGACUUGGCACGCCGCGCGAAGAAAGUCACGUUCUUUGAGAUGAAUGGCCAAGGCUUCGAAGACUUUGUGAGGGAGAUGCUGCGCGAAACGCCCAGCUCGAAAGGAUUGGGUGCGUCUGAGGGCAUGCCUAUCGUCCUUGAUGAUUGA